GGGGAAGGGAAGAUAAAUGUUGAGUUUUCCCCUGAUCUUACUGGUUAAUGGUGCAUCCCUACAUCAGUUUUGCAGAAGAGAGGUUGCUCCCAUUGCUGCCAAGAGGGUCCCAAUGAACUAGGUAGAGCUGGUUGCUGAGGAUUGCAGAAGGCUCCAGGACUUGCGAGGAGCCCUCUCAGGCUGUUUCCCCCCCUCCUAUAAAUAGCCCCCACUCCUUCUCUCCGAAGCGCAGGGGCAGAAGGAAUCCCUUUCCCCCCCAUAGAUCCUCCCCUCAGGAGGCAAGCAGAAGGCGAGAAAAACAGCGCUCUUAAAGGAAGCUAGUUGGAAGGAUUCUCUUCUGCGAAAUUCCAUCUCCUUCAAGAGCGGAUGUCCUUCUUCUCCUUCGAAACAGAGCCCUGGUAGGCGAGCGCUCUCCUUUCUGUCCCCACGGCAAGCUGCUUUGCUCCCGGGAAAUCAGUCGGGAGAAACUUCGCCCGGCGAUCGAAGCCUCCCCCCCCCCCGAAAGACCCUCUUUCCCGAGGCUGGCUGACUGGGUCGCCUUUUCGGCGGUUCCCCUUCCUAGGGCACCUGGGCAAGCCCCCCUUCUCGAAGAGGGCUUCUGGUGGAAACCCCUCCAGGGGUCAUCCCGAGGAAGAGCCCCUCAUCUUUCCCCCCGGAGACACCCCAAUAUAGCGACCCCCAUCUGCGGGACGCCCGUGUAACCCUCGAGACCUCAAACCAGUCGUCGAGAUGAAUUACCUCCGCAGGCGACUCUCUGACAGCAACUUCAUGGCCAACCUGCCCAACGGCUACAUGACGGACCUCCAACGCCCUCAGCCGCCGCCACCGCCGCCGCCCAGCGCCACCUCUCCGUCGCCGGGCAGCAUCUCCCCAGCGGAAAGGCCACCGGCUGCCCCCAGCCCUGGAGCCGGAGGCGGCGGCGGUGGCGGCGGCGGAGCCGGGGGUUUUUUCUCGUCGCUGUCCAACGCGGUGAAGCAGACGACCGCGGCGGCAGCAGCCACCUUCAGCGAGCAAGUCGGCGGGGUGGCUGGCUCGGCAACGUCGUCGGGACGCGGCAAAGUACUGUUGGUGGUCGACGAGCCAGGGACGGACUGGGCAAAAUAUUUCAAGGGGAAGAAACUUCAUGGGGAGUUGGACAUCAAGGUUGAACAGGCAGAAUUCUGUGACUUGAACUUGGUGGCUCAUGCUAAUGGCAAUUUUUCUGUUGACAUGGAGGUUAUACGCAACGGGAUCAAGGUAGUACGGAGCCUGAAACCAGACUUUGUCCUGAUCCGCCAGCAUGCUUACAGCAUGGCUCGUGGGGGAGACCACCGCGGCAUUGUUAUUGGCUUGCAGUAUGCAGGCGUGCCCAGCGUCAACACUUUGCAUUCCGUGUACAACUUUUGUGACAAGCCUUGGGUGUUUGCCCAGAUGGUCCGCCUGCAACGCAAGCUUGGUCCGGAAGAAUUCCCCCUCAUUGACCAGACGUACUAUCCUAAUCAUAAGGAGAUGGUAAGUUGGACUGACGUGGGGAAGGCUGAGGAUCUUUCUGAUUAUAUGCUGAGACUAGCACGUUCUGAGUUCUCUGGCUCCUUUAAUAAUUAAAAAGGCAAGUAGCCAUUUCUGAGUGGGACCAUUGAGGGUGACCAUAUUUAUGCAUACAGUAUAUCUAUGCAUAUAGCUAGCCGCGUAAAUGUGGUUUUCAGAUAUAAAACAUGUCAUAGUCAUUCCUCCUCAGCUAGCAUGUCUUCAUUUUCCUUUUUUAAAAAUAAAGUUUUAUUAAUUAAUUUUUUAAAUAGAAUUCAGUAGUAAUCAUUCAACAAAACAUGUUGUCUGAGUAUCUUAUUCACUAAUACAAAUUAAAUUCCUAAU